AAUUCAAUUAAAAAAAAGUAUUUUCGUGUUGUGAGAGAUGCUAUCCUAUAUGGAAGGAGGCCUGUUCCCAGCAGUGGAACGCAUAUAGGCUGGUUAUUAUUUACGUGCAAAGUAACACGAACUAAACCUUAUUUAAUAAAUGAGUGUUGAACAAUUAAUUUCUUUUUUUACAUAAAAUCCUAGCGCGUAAUUCAUGAUCGUUGCUUCAAAAGACUUCGACAUGGUAACUAUGGUAAGUCAUAUAAAAAUGUAUUAGGUAAUUAAUUUGACUUAAAAAUAAUAUUUGUCAUUAUCUACUUCGAGUUUACAUGGUUUACACAAUCUUUGUGAAACAGUUUAUAGUCAACGAAUACUUAUAAAUUUAAGUGAACAUCAAAAACAAAUUCAUAUUUACGAAUAUACUCAUAUAACAUACCGGUAUCAUUCACAAAAUGUUAAAUAUGGCGUGAAUGACACUACAGGGAUCCAAUCUACCCUUCAUAACAUCGGCUGUAAACAUACACAUGUUUGCCACAAUUGUUAUUAAAUUCCUUUACAGAAUCAAUAAACAAAUGAAAGAGCACACGUCUUCAAAAUUCAUCAUUUUACUUUCAUUCGGGGAUUAUGCGCGUUUGGAAGUCCGCGGCCAUCUGUACUAUAAUAUGUGUGCGUACGACGUUGUGCGUGAUCCGGGACUUCUCAAUUUGCCACGACGACUUCAGUUCGGAUCCCGCUGAUGGCGUGCUGAAGGAACACACCUUCACCUGGCUUGGAUUCAUGCAAUACAUACACGUGACAACAACUCUCCCGCACCACAGUAAGGCCCCACGAGUUGUCCUUGUCCACAAGCAGUUUGUCAUUGGGACAGCUACUGAUCUACUGCAUCUUCCCAAGAAUUACAGACUUGGCAAUGUUGUCUUUGGAGAUUACGAACGAGAUGAAGAAGAUUGUGGCUUAUCACGACAGCAGAUUAAGAUUGGCAGAAGAUGUCCGCGAGCUUAUAUAGAAAUUCCACUACUUGAUAUAACACCUCAUCCAGAAUACACAAGGUUUGGCGUUGGCAACAGUUUAGCUCUAGUAAAACUGAUUCGACCAAUGAAAUCACAUUACAUGGUGCCAGUGUGUCUGCCGACGGUGUCUGAACGCACGAGGAAAAGGAAACAUAAAAUUGUGUUUCUGGUCGACUACAUCAGCACUGUCCCAAGAGACUUCGAUUCUGAAAGAUUAGCCAAGAAAACGCUGAAACUGUACACUCACAGGGAUUGCAAAAGGCAUCGGAUGAGAGGGAAACUUGGCAGUGAAGGCGUGACCCACGUUCUAUGUAGUUCUGGGUGUGGCGUGAGGGCAGGAGCUCCCAUCAUCAGCCACACGAUUGACGGGCCGUACGAGCUCAUCGGCGUGGCCGCCGGCGGAGCACCCUGCCACCGACGGUCCAUGAGGAGACGGUUAAAUACUGAACCACCCCUAUACAUCGACGUAUACCCCUACAUCACUUGGAUAACAAACGUCAUAACUGCACAUCAUCUACCCAAAUCUUACCCACAAAACUUCAUGCUAGUUGAUGCAGGAUCCAGUAUGGGUAUUCACAAAGAUUAUUUAAGAAGGAGAAGAAGGCAGAAGUCGGGCUGGCGAGCCCGUACCUUCAUGACCGGGAACUUCUGCUUCAAAUCGUUAAAAAAGCAAAAAGGAGCAGCGUUCUUCUAUUCAGAGAAGUUUGAAGUGAAUGCCGAUCCUCCAGCAAAAAUGAAUAUCGUAAUGAAGAUAUCUGCUGGUGUGGAAUGUACGAUAGUCUGCGCUCGUUUGAUGAUGCCCAAUCGUUUGUCGAAGCCAAUCAUUGCAGGUGUAGGAGGCUACAAUAUAACAGUGACUUUCGAUACCGAAUGGUUUCCCUACACUUUUUACUUCUCCUUGGCUCUCGAUGGGAAGAACUCGACACUUAGAGACCUUGGAGACUGGCUACUUGAACGUAAACCUGGUUUCUGGUGAAUUAUACUUUUCAAAUAUAAAAGGUUCUUUUAUUCUCCUUUUGUUUAGCACUGAUUGCAUUACAAGAUUUAGUACCUUACAUCUAUACAUACACACAAUAGAUUUUCCCACGUUUUUAUACACUUUUCUUGUUUGCUAGUCGUUCCGGUUGAAUUUUUGCAACUCAAUUUUAAAGCACUUCCCAAAAAACAAGAGACUGAAACAUACAGGUAGUUUCAAACGCAUCUCCAAACAAUGAA